GUCGGGGGCUGCAGCCAAUCAGGAGCGGAGGGCGGGGCUAGGAACUUACUGAGCUUGAAAGUGAUCAAGAGUCCAUCGGGAUCGCGAUGCUAUUGGGGAUGCGAGGCUGUCUGGCCGGGAAGGUGGCGCUGGUCACGGCCUCCACGGACGGGAUCGGGCUGGCUGUGGCACGGCGCCUGGCGCAGGAUGGGGCGCAUGUGGUGCUGAGCAGCCGGCGGAAGCUAAAUGUGGACCGGGCCGUGGCGGAGCUGCGCGGCCAGAACCUGAGCGUCUUGGGCACUGUGUGCCAUGUGGGACAGGCUGAGGACCGGGCACACCUCGUUGCCACAGCCCUGGAGCACUAUGGGGGCAUUGACAUCCUGGUGUCCAAUGCGGCCGUGAACCCCUUCUUCGGGAACACACUGGAUGCCUCGGAGGAGGUGUGGGACAAGAUCAUGAAGGUCAAUGUGACGGCGACGGCGAUGCUGGUGAAUCUGGUCGUGCCACACAUGGAAAAGAGGGGGGGUGGCUCCAUUGUCAUAGUUUCCUCCAUUGCUGGCUUCUCCCCCUUCCAGGCCCUGGGCCCCUACAGUGUCAGCAAGACGGCUCUGCUGGGCCUCACCAAGGUGCUGGCCCCAGAACUAGGUGCCAGGAAUGUGCGGGUCAAUUGUGUUGCACCCGGCGUCAUCAAGACCAAAUUCAGCUCUGCGCUCUGGAAAGAUGAGGCCAUGGCGGAGAAGAUGAUGGAGGCCUUGCGAGUGAAAAGGUUGGGGGUCCCAGGCAACUAUGCCAGAAUCGUGUCCUUCCUCUGCUCCCCGCAAGCUGCUCACACCCCAGGGGACCCCCGGGAUGGGUGCAGGACCCCGGCCCAGCUCCGCCCCCCUUUGAACCCAGCCGGGGGGCGGGGCCUGCUGCACCCCCGCAAAUGGGGGGGAGGGGCUGAUGAGUUUGUGGGUCCCCCCUAUCUCUGCUGUAUUGAGUGAAUAAACCUUCUGCCUCUCUC